GUGUGCUACAGUAGCACGCUCAGAGUCAGGGUGCAAUUUGAGAUCUCGACAUCGACGUUCGCAACAUAAGUACAUACAUAAUUGUGAUGUGCUUUAUACGGCAGCACCUGAGAACAACACUAUACUUUUCCCGCACCUUCUGAAUAGGAUGAAAGUUUUUCAAAAUAACUCUGCUACUAUAGUACUAGCAUGGCCAUCAACCUUCUAUCCACAACUUGAAGAUCCACCCUCUUUUUGUCGUUUGAUAAGCUCUUUAACCUUCAAUCAUGCACUUCCUCACUCGACGCUCUGCGGAGCCGCUAAGACUAUCUGCUGAUUUGGAUAUAGCUGGAGGAAGAAGCGCGGCUCCAGCAGACACUUUCCCCCAGGAGAAAUCUCCAAGUCGUGUUCUUAAACGCGUCACCACCCUCUUCAAUCCUCGCAAAAGAACUUUGUCCAAGAACACCAGCCCCACAUGCCAUGGCGCGGGCGCUCACGGAGCAGUCGGAUUCAUUCGUGAUGCCGCUGCAGUAUAUCCCAGAUCGUCCAGUGAUUCCUCCACUGAAUCACCAGAGGAAAUUCGGAGACCCAGCGGCCUGGGACGCAGGGCCAGUUUAAUGGAGUCACCAAGUGAAAGUAUAAAUCUAGAGCGGUUCAGUGGAAACGGAGGUGAGGCAAGAGUGUCUAGGUCUUUGCCUGAUCUAUUGAAUAAUCUGACACAUUCAUUCCGUAUAGGAUCUCUUGCAGAACACCCGACAAUUGCAGGAGUCGCAAUACAGAGUCUUCCUAUGCAGCUGUUAGAGAUAAUUUUGUCUUUCUUGCCCAAGUCCGAUGUACUGCGCAUUGCCCUUGUUUCGGCUCAAUUCUGCAAGGCGUCGCGUAACGCAUUAUAUCGGAUACUCGACUUCCAAUCGAUAUCAGAGCCACAAGUUGAAAAGCUUUGUAAAAUCCUCGCCAACCAUACAUCUCUCGCUGCAAGGGUCCAAUCUCUCUCAUGUCACUUUUGGCCAGCAACGACCUCAACAGACGGCCAUCUUAUACCAUCUCUUGAUCUCACGACCGCGUUGCAUAAUAUGUCCAACUUGGAAUCUCUUACGAUACGAACAUUUGUUCCAGUAUUUUCGCAGUCGCCUCCUCUUGCUUUCCGAUUGAAGACACUGGUUAUCCUUGAUGACACAAUCUCUCUUGAACAAGUUACCGACAUUCUACAUUUCCUCAGAAAUCAAACCUCACUACAGUGUCUAGCUUUUCCCAACGUCGUCGAGAAUCCUUUCUCGCCCGAAUGUUCCCCCCAACAUCACAUAUUCGCAUCUGGUCUCGCACGAGAACCCAUACUGCCGGCGCUCUCUCAACUGCAUGCUCCCCCACAACUGACGAUGACGAUAUGCUCCUUACUUGGACAAGCGCUCGAUAGUGUCGUAUUGGAUGUCACCACCACACUUUUUACGGGGUUGCGGCCUGCCGCACUCCUCCGCGCCAUCCAAGGUGUCUCCAAACUGGAUGUGGUCUUCACCCACGAGGUUGACAAACGAACAGUCGAAAAAUUCUUGGGCGCUGCCGGUGGAAUAUUGUCAGGUAGCGGUGCUUCCAAUAGCCGCGGCCUUAUCACUUUGGAAGUGGAGGUACUUUGGAUGGAAGAUGAAACCGCUGAAAUACUCUACGACAUCAUUGAUGCAGUCAUCUCGCGUUUUAAUGGCUUGCGCACACUCAAGCUCAUAACACCAUUUCGUUCCAGACAGUCACAGUUAUUGACACCCUCAGUGUCUGGCUCCCUCCCACUAUCCGUACCAUCGCAUACUCCCACAACGCCCUCAUUUGGCCUUUCCUCGAUGCUAAUUACAUCCCCUGUGGGAGGUGUCCUACCAAGCGAGUUUGUGAGCUCAGGCACAGAGAAGACACAUGCCAAAAUGUGGACAAAAGCUUGCCCUACAUUGAACGACAUACAGUUUUGUUUUCCGGAUCCAUCACCGGAGGCAGACGUUGCGCUCUGUGGGGUCUGGUUUCACAGGAAAGAGUGAUGGUCGAGCACCAAGCCUCUCCCAGGACACAGCGGAGAUGAAUUUAUCCAUUUGGCUAGAACCGUGUCGCCCCCAGCGCUUUCAGCCCUCUAACCCCGCAGCAUUGUAUCCAACUUCGUUUCGUCGACCU